GCAUGGCUUCUGUGUUCAUGUGCGGAGUGGAGGACCUGGUGCUCGGCGGAAGCCGCCUGGUGUGGAACUUGACAGUGUCCACGCUGCGGAGAUGGUACACCGAGCGCCUACGCGCUUGCCACCAGGCGCUCCGAGCGUGGUGCGGGCUGCGGGACGUGUACCAGAUGACGGAAGGCAGGCACUGCCAGGUGCACCUCCUGGAUGACAGGAGACUGGAGCUGCUGGUGCAGCCCAAACUUCUGUCAAGAGAGUUACUUGACCUGGUGGCUUCACAUUUCAACCUGAAAGAAAAGGAGUACUUUGGAAUAACAUUCAUAGAUGACACGGGUCAGCAGAACUGGCUACAGUUAGACCACCGAGUUCUUGAUCACGAUUUGCCUAAGAAACCAGGCACAGCCAUUUUGCACUUUGCUGUGAGGUUUUACAUUGAAAGCAUAUCAUUUUUAAAGGACAAGACCACCGUGGAGCUGUUUUUCCUGAAUGCAAAGUCCUGUGUGCACAAGGGGCAAAUCGAAGUGGACAGCGAGACCACCUUCAAGUUAGCCGCGCUCGUUCUGCAGGAAGCCAAAGGAGAUUAUACCAGUGAUGACAAUGCCAGGAAAGAUCUAAAGACACUACCAGCCUUUCCAACCAGAACUCUCCAGGAGCAUCCAUCCCUUGCUUACUGCGAGGACAGGGUCAUUGAGCAUUAUUUGAAAAUCAAAGGUCUGACUCGAGGUCAAGCUGUGGUCCAGUAUAUGAAAAUAGUAGAAGCUCUGCCAACCUACGGAGUCCAUUACUAUGCAGUAAAGGAUAAACAAGGAAUUCCUUGGUGGCUUGGGAUCAGUUAUAAAGGAAUUGGCCAGUAUGAUUUACAAGAUAAAGUGAAGCCACGGAAAUUAUUCCAGUGGAAGCAGUUAGAGAACCUGUAUUUCCGUGAGAAGAAAUUUGCUGUUGAAGUUCACGACCCACGAAGGAUUUCAGUGUCAAGAAAGACCUUUGGGCAAAGUGGCCUCUUUGUGCAGACGUGGUAUGCAAACUCUUCUCUCAUCAAAUCCAUCUGGGUAAUGGCCAUUAGUCAACAUCAGUUUUACUUGGACCGGAAGCAAAGCAAAGCAAAAAUCCCCUCCGCCAGGAGUUUAGAUGACAUCGCAAUGGAUCUGACAGAGAUGGGGAUGCCACGAGUCUCCAUGCUGGCGACGCUCGAGGCCAAGAGCCAGUUCAUCAUGGCGAGCAAUGGCAGUUUAAUCUCCUCAGGCUCUCAAGACUCAGAGGUUAGUGAGGAGCAGAAAAGAGAGAAAAUUCUGGAACUCAAGAAGAAGGAAAAGUUGUUGCAAGAAAAACUCCUAAAAAAAGUCGAGGAGCUGAAAAAGAUCUGUUUGCGAGAAGCUGAGCUCACUGGCAAGAUGCCCAAGGAGUAUCCACUGAACGUAGGGGAAAAACCUCCUCAGGUCAGGAGGCGGGUGGGCACCGCAUUCAAACUAGAUGACAACUUGCUGCCGAGCGAAGAGGAUCCUGCUUUGCAAGAGCUGGAGAGCAAUUUCCUAAUACAGCAAAAGCUAGUUGAAGCUGCGAAGAAACUUGCCAACGAGUCAGACCUGUGUAAAACAGUAAGGAAGAAACGAAAGCAGGACUACACUGAUGCUGUCAGAAAGCUCCAGGAGAUCGAAAAUGUCAUCAACGAGUACCGAAUUAGAUGUGGCAAAAAGCCUAGCCAGAAAGCAGCCGUUAUUUUACCAGAAGAUGUAAUCCCAUCAGAAAGUAGCUCCUUGUCAGACACCACUACCUACGAUGACCCCAAUGACUCCUUCACUCUGGCUGGGCAGCGAUCAAAUUCAGUUCCUCAGUCUCCAAGAAUCCUUCCCCCCAGGUCUCUUGGCCUUGAGCGAGUCCAUUUCAGAAAGUCAUCCAUCAAUGAACAUUUCAUGGAUUCUAGGCCGUCCAGAGAAAUGCUGUCAACACACAGCAGCCCUUACAAAACUCUGGAGCGGCGGCCGCAGGGAGGACGGAGCAUGCCCACCACGCCAAUCCUCACCCGCAAUGCCUACAGCAGCAGCCACUUGGAACCCGACUCGUCCUCUCAGCCCUCCCGCCAGCGCAGUGGGAGCCUUGAGUCCCAGUCUCACCUGCUUUCUGAGAUGGACAGCGACAAGCCACUGUUCUCCCUCUCCAAAUCCCACAGAAGCAGCAGCACUGAGAUCCUAGAUGAUGGGUCUUCCUACACCAGCCAGUCAAGCACUGAGUAUUACUGUGUGACGCCCAUUGCUGGCCCGUGCUACACUACCCAGACCCUAGACACGCGGGCCAGGGGUCGGAGGCGGUCAAAGAAGCACAACGUUUCUUCCUCAAAUUCAGGAAGCAUGCCUAACCUGGCACAAAAGGACAGCCUGAGGAACGACAUCUGUUCACAGAGCCAGGAGCAGCCCUCGUCCAGUUACUAUAUUACAGGCUGCACACAGUACCCCUACCCAGAGUGCGACCUGUAUUACAGUGGUGGCUAUGUCUAUGAAAAUGACACCGAGGGACAGUACAGCGUCAACCCUUCCUACCGGGCAUCAGCCCACUAUGGAUAUGAGUGCCAAAGGGACUACAGUCGGUCCUUUCACGAAGACGAGAUGGUCCGGGCACCCCAAAACCUAUAUGCAACUCUCCGACUGCCAAGGAAGGCAACUGCUAAAUCGGAGCACAUCACCAAAAAUAUCCACAAGGCCUUAGUCGCGGAGCAUCUGCGAGGCUGGUAUCAGCGGGCCUCUGGGCUGAAGGACCAGGGCCACAGCUCACAGAUGAGCUUUGACUCGGACAGGGGGUCCCAGAGACGCCUAGGCUUUGCUGGGCUGCAGGUUCCUUGUUCACCAAGUAGUCGGGCAUCAUCCUACUCAUCAGUGUCUUCCACAAAUGCUUCCGGGAACUGGAGAACGCAGAUAACCAUCGGGAUAGCUGACUAUGAGGCUUCUGCACACUCUUCCUACACCAGCUGCUAUGGCAACUUGUACACCCCUCUGCCCUCGCCAAGCAGACAGUACACAGAGGCCAGUCACCUGGACAGUGCGGACGGAAGUCAGUUGGGGGACAGCCUGGACAGCAGCGAGCAGAGACUCUUCUGGCAUGAAGACUCCAAGCCUGGAACAUUAGUUUGA